AUGUCAGUUUACGAGCUCCUGAACUUCCACUUGGACAAACUAAUCUCUUAUUUCACCGGGGUGCUCGAGAAGAACCACAUUGGUAUGUGUGAACCGUUGGAAAACGAGGAUGGUACUCCGCUUACUAAUGUGGACGUUACAGCGGUAAAAUUAGCACGAAAGCUGAUUCCGUCCAUCAAGCAGGACCAAGAGUUGGUAAAAACCCAUAUCCAGCAUAACCAGGACCGUCCUUGGCAGGAAGGAGAUCCUUACCUGUUUCUAUCGUCCUUCAAACCACCACUUACCAACGAAACUCAGGAGUUUUCUUGUUUGAAACCGGAUCCGAUUUCAAAAUACCAUUUCAUGGAAGGUGAUGAAAUUAUUUAUAUUGCACCAAUAUACCCCAUUACGCACGUAUGGCCGGACGAAACCGGACACAUUUUGUACGAUAUCGUAGAAAAUGAAGUUACGCCUAAGGAAGAAAGCAAGCAGGUCUACACCUUCAUACUGCUGGCGCUCAAUGCAAGGGGGUGA